ACUAGUGUGUGUUGUGUUGACGUUCUGGCUUCACAUCGUUAGCAGCUCAAUCAGUAGAAAUGGAAAAUCGCUUCACCAAAGGCAAGUCCGCCAUCCUGGAGCGGCCACUCGCCCGAGCCAAGACGGAGGUGAGCGUGAGUGCGUUUGCACUGCUCUUCUCAGAGAUGGUGCAGUACUGUCAGAGCCGUGUGUACUCUGUGGCAGAGCUGCAGGGCCGACUCGCCGAUAUGGGCCAAGGUGUAGGGUCCAGCCUGCUGGACGUCCUCGUGAUCAGGGAGAAAAAUAGCAAGAGGGAGACCAAAGUGCUAAAUAUCCUGCUGUUUAUCAAGGUAAACGUAUGGAAGGCCCUGUUUGGGAAGGAAGCAGAUAAACUGGAGCAGGCCAACGAUGACGACAAGACCUACUACAUCAUCGAGAAAGAGCCUCUGAUUAAUGCGUACAUCUCCGUGCCGAAAGAGAACAGCACGCUGAACUGUGCAGCCUUCACAGGUGGCAUCGUGGAGGCCAUUUUGACCCACAGUGGAUUUCCAGCCAAAGUCACAGUGCACUGGCAUAAAGGAACCACGCUGAUGAUUAAGUUUGAUGAAGCUGUCAUUGCUCGUGACAAGACUCUGGAUGGUAGAUAAGACGGCACGGUUUUUAGACCUCUGAGGAAAAUUGCCCUUUCCCCUAACUGAUACUGAAGUUCCAAUAAGGCUGAGUGUUCGACUGGAGGUCAGAGAUUCAGCGGUGUGAUUGAGGGAGUGAUGUGAUAGCAGAGGUUUAACAACAGAUCACAUGUUCCUCAACAAUUUACAUUGUUCAUUUUUUUUUAGUUAGCAAGAAAUCUUAAGUUUCUUUAAAGUGGUAAUGGAUGGUUUAAAUUUUUUAACUUGGGGAUAAAAUUAUGGUUUUAGAGAAGAAACCUUUAAUUAAAAAAAAGGUUUUGGCUGUUCAUAAUCCAUUAGAGAUAAAAAAUAUUGCAAUAAUAAACAGUUAAAAUGAAAGAAUAGCAUAAAUAAGUUAGCUUUGAACACCCCUACAAUGGGUCGUACCAGUUCUCUGAUAACUCUGCCUCAAGCUAGUCCCCCUUGUUACAUCUGCAUUUGCUAUCAUGAGAAAACUGAUGAAUAAUCACACUGAGUAUUUUCAUUAAAUAAUUAUUAAUCUUUACUCUAAUUGUACUGUAAGUGUUUGGAUAAGGACAGAAUAUUCGACAUAAAGUCUUUAGCCUUUACAAUUACGAGUAAAGGUGAUGUAGUUUUUCCACUUUAAGGUGCACUGUGUGCUCACAAUUCACUGGUAGCUUGCAUUUGUGUUUUUUCCCCCUCACACCAGUGUGCAGCGUCAUUUCCUCAACGCUUGGAUUACUUUAAGCUUUCACUUUUCUCACUAUAUCACAUUCCAAACUUGAAGUUGUACGUUUUUGUUUUUUUGAGGGGAAAAAUGUACUGUACUUAUUUACCUCUAAUUUGUCAUAAUAAAUGUGACACCCAUAUUAUUGAGAA